UAUAAAUAUAUUGAUUGUUAUUUUUUACCCUUUUUCGAUCAAGCAAAUUUAGUGAAAUGAUCAUUAUUGCAUCAGUCAUCAUGGUUGGUUCUUUCAUUCAUUUCAUUAGAUUUUUACAAACAUUUUUACUACUAAAAAUUAUUUGGAAGCCUGUACUGGACAUGCAGGAUCUAGUAUGUUUGGAUUUUUUAUUUUUUUUUACAUCGGAGCAUGUAAUAAUUCAACAUUGUGUGUAAUUUUAGUUAUGAUCUGUGUGAUGCAUACAAUGUAAGUCUGUUGUAAUCAGACUGCAUAUGUGUGGUUUGGUCAUUGUUGUUAGUCCAGCUGUAAUCCGCUUUUUGAAGUUAGGUAUUUUCCCUCAUGUGUGUUUACACAACAGGAAGAGUUCCAUCUUACCAACGGUUUUUACUGUCAACCUAUUUUAUAGCCAUGAAGUUCAGUUCCUAAUUUUAUUUAAUAGUAAGCAUGGUUGCCCUUAAGAGCAACUGAGCUGUCUUGGAUGCUGCGAACUGUGCAGGCAAUAUUGAGCAUGAGUCAUCCGGAUGUACGCAUGGACGCACACACACACACACACAUCUGCAGCACCAUGCACAGGAAUUACAUUAUCAUCAACUUUGUAGUCAGAUUGACAUGUAGGCUUGUUAUGGUCGAAGAAUUAACAUGUAGUAAUCCGUCAAAUUUAUAUUAGCAUUUAGUGUGCUGCAAACAAACACUGGCUGAUGUUUGAAUUUGUCAGAGACCUGUUGAUGACACUGUAUGUCUUAAUAAUGUCUUGGUCUUUUUUUUUGCACUGCCCAGUGGUGUCAUUUAAUGCAGUAUGUGCAGGUUUCCCGCUUGUGGUAUGUACUUGUGCAUUUGAUGUGAACAGACUAGCUUCCAUCAAUGUCCUUGGGAGUGCACAUCUUUUAUGUAAUUGUUUAUAUAAUAUUCUCCACAAACAUGGCCGUUUUGGCCAAGGUUGUGGGCGGAAGAUAAUCUUGAUAGUCAAAUGUUUUCUCGGAUUCUUGCAGUCAUCUCAACAGCACCCUGACAGUAAACUACCCUGUCCUUAUCAGGCAUUGUCCUCUUGUAAAGAGUGAUUUUUUUGUUCUUUUUUUUCAGUGCAUAACAUUGAUAAUACUGCCUUUACAAUGAAAUUUAAGUGAAGUGCUAAGGGUUUCAUGAUCCCCAAAAUGUUGAAAGGAUGGGAAAUGAUUUGCCUUGUAGAUUAUGAAAAAAAGUUUCCCUUCAUUUGUCUAUGCUGCAAAUAUGUUCCAAAAAUGAAAACAAAUAUGUCUGCAUAAAACUGAUAGUUAAGUAUGUAUAUUUUGUAAUUUUAGUUUUACACAUUAUACCCACUACUGUAGUGCUAACCACUAGUACACUGUGGUGCCCCUAAUAUAACACAUGUAUUUUAAUCAUGCUCCAGAAUAAUUACAACAGCAAAAGGCAGGCUGCAUUUAAUGAUGAUAUAUGAACCUGGUGGACCGAGCUGACUGCUGCUGUUGUCAAAAUUUGAAUCAUCCAUCCAUCCAUUUUCUGAGCCGCUUCUCCUCACUCGGGUCGCGGGCGUGCUGGAGCCUAUCCCAGCUAUCAUCGGGCAGGAGGCGAGGUGUACAUCCUGAACUGGUUGCCAGCCAAUCGCAGAAAAUUUGAAUCAGGAGAGAAAAAAACAUCAGACACCAAAUACCACACCUGUCAAGUCAUGCAUGAUAAGAAAAGUCACAUGCAGCUAAUUAGCUUCCUAUGCAUUGCCGUUUCCAUCAUUUUCUUAAGUGGCAAUCUGAACCAUUAAUGGUAAAUUCUGGAAUGAUGUCAGCCAUGCAUGCUAGUUCCCAUUGAAAGCUGAAGUUGCUGCCUGUAUGUAAGCAACCUGAAUUAUGCUGCAAUUCACGUUUAACAUAGACAUGGCUGGAACUGAGCAUUAAAUUAAAUUUCCUUGAUUGACUAUGUGAAAAAUAAUGAUUGAAUUGGUGUCAUUUUGGUGAUUUAUUUAUUUUUUGUUUUUUUUGUUGUUGUUGGUUUUUUUUGGUCCUGUUCGGCUGUUAGGUCAAGUUGAAUGGAAAAUCUGUAUCCCUCUCAUGCCGGAACAGUUUUACUGUGUCACAGUUGAGUUUGUAAGCUUCCGCUGUGGUAUUAUAAUUGAAGUUUAUUGAGAAUCAGACUUGAUCAGUCGAACAGAACUAAGUUUCUAGAAGGGAGAGAGAAACAAAGACAAAAGACAAAGCACUUAUUGGAAACAGGAUGAGAGAACUAAAUCAUUACAUUAUCUACAACAAUGAAACAUUAAAUAUGAGUGUUGCAUUGGGCUGUAGUGCUACACUCUGUGAGGGAAGGACAGGAGAAGAAGCAUGCAGGACAAGGGUCGUGAACCCGACUGUAUAACUUAAGUGUGGUGCCAUUAAUUAUGUGAAUUAUUGAAGUCUACAGGACGAGAGUAUAAGUGAGGGGAUACACAAGUGAUUUGCAUUUUCAUGAGUUAUUUGUCGCAGUAAGUGCGUGACCCCACACCCAGUGAAAGAGUCCUAGGGGUGUGUGUCUGCGGAUACAUGCAAGUGAAUUGAUACCGUUUUACAUGCACAAAGUGUCCUGUAAUUCCUGUGGCUGCACCGCGGCGGCUGAGGACCCCACCCAAUCAAUCGAGGGGCGGGAUCGGGCCCAGGGAUCCACCCGAGGCGCCCCGACAUUGGUGAAUUAUUUUUAAUGGGACGGGAGAAUAGCUCUCUAAAAUACGAUUGUGACCAGGACUGGUCGCGAGUCAAAGUCCAUUCGAAUAGGCUCCAGCUCAUUUGUGACCCUGAACAGCAUAAGCAGUAGAGAAUAUGGAUGAAUGAAAUACAGCCGAAUGUUCUGAACUCCUCUUUCCAAUAUGUUGUAUUGUGCAUAACAGUUCCACGAUGAGGUGUUGCUGUUCCGUAGUUGUGAAAUCAUUUAAAAUGGGCAUUAAUUUUAUUAUAAUUUUUUUUUAAUUCCGAACCAUAUCCAUAGGGCGCAAGGGAAGUUGUAGGUAAUCAAUUUUGGAAAAACGAAAUCGGUCUAUGUUCAGUAAUUUUCUCUCAUCAGGUUAAGUGAGAUACCUGUUGUCAUUGUAUAUUAGUGUUGCUUUGUUUGGUUGCAUCUAUUCAUUUUUUUAUCCAUUUUCUGAGCCGCUUAUCCUCACUAGGGUCGCGGGAGUGCUGGAGCCUAUCCCAGCUAUCUUCGGGCAGGAGGCGGGGUACACCCUGAACUGGUUGCCAGCCAAUCGCAGGGCACACAUAAACAAACAACCAUUCGCGCUCACAUUCACACCUACGGGCAAUUUAGAGUCUUCAAUCAACUUACCAUGCAUGUUUUUGGAAUGUGGGAGGAAACCGGAGUGCCCGGAGAAAACCCACGCAGGCACGGGGAGAACAUGCAAACUCCACACUGGCGGGGCCGGGGAUUGAACCCCGGUCCUCAGAACUGGUUUCCACCUUCUUCCCUCCUGUGACAAAUGUUGAGGCCAGAGUGAGGACAGAAGAGUGUCCAAACCAGCUUUUGUCUCAUGAGUGUGUGUGUGCCAACCAGGCACUGCCAGUGACCAGGGCUGUGGCUGUGGUGGGCCCGGCACAUCACUCCGGGCCCUCGUUGACCUGUGCUACUCACACCAUGGAUCCACAGAGGGACAAAUAUGGCGAGCGGCCUGCAAGGAACACUAAAGUUUCCCAGGGAAGUCGCAGUGGACACUCGUCCCGACCAUCAGGCUCCUCCAGUUCCUCUGGGGUUCUCAUGGUGGGCCCAAAUUUUCGUGUUGGCAAGAAGAUUGGCUGUGGAAACUUUGGUGAAUUGAAGCUAGGUAAAAAUCUCUACACCAACGAGUAUGUAGCUAUUAAACUGGAACCAGUGAAGUCAAGGGCCCCGCAGUUGCAUUUAGAGUACCGGUUCUACAAAACGCUGGGAACUACAGCUGAAGGUGUGCCCCAAGUGUUUUACUUUGGACCUUGUGGAAAAUACAAUGCCAUGGUUCUGGAGCUCUUGGGCCCAAGUCUAGAGGACCUCUUUGACCUCUGUGACAGGACCUUUUCAUUGAAGACGGUCUUAAUGAUUGCAAUCCAGUUGAUAUCUCGAAUGGAGUAUGUGCAUUCUAAAAACCUUAUCUAUAGAGAUGUAAAACCUGAAAAUUUUCUCAUUGGACGGCAAGGGAAUAAAAAGGAGCACAUUAUCCACAUUAUUGACUUUGGCCUGGCCAAAGAGUACAUCGACCCCGAGACCAAAAAACACAUUCCAUACCGGGAGCAUAAGAGCUUGACUGGCACUGCCCGCUACAUGUCCAUCAACACGCAUUUAGGCAAAGAGCAAAGCCGACGAGAUGACCUGGAGGCCUUAGGUCACAUGUUCAUGUAUUUUCUUCGUGGGAGUUUGCCAUGGCAAGGACUUAAGGCUGACACACUGAAAGAGCGAUACCAGAAGAUUGGAGACACUAAACGAAACACUCCCAUCGAGGUCCUUUGUGAGAACUUCCCAGAGGAGAUGGCCACCUACCUGCGAUAUGUAAGACGGCUAGACUUCUUUGAAAAGCCUGACUAUGAAUAUUUGAGGACUUUAUUCACUGAACUGUUUGAGCGCAAAGGAUACACCUUCGACUACACAUAUGACUGGGUUGGCAGGCAGAUACCCACACCGGUGGGAUCUGUCCAUAUAGACUCUGGGGCAUCUGCAGUCACAAGAGAAAGCCAUCCUCACAGAGACCGGACCUCGGCACACCCACCAAUAAGAAAUCAGACAGCAGUCUCUGAUCGACGAGGAGCAUGGGAAGUGCAGCCCACUCGCCAAGCAAACUCCUCCUACCUGACCUCGCACCUAGCAGCAGACAGGCAUGGGGGCUCAGUGCAGGUGGUCAUCUCAACCAACGGGGAGCUGAAUGCUGACGAUCCACUCGCAGUUCAUUCCAAUGCGCCGAUUACCGCCCAGGCAGAGGUGGAAGUGGUUGACGAGGCCAACUGCGUGAAAAUGCUCAACCUGUGGUGAGUCCCUCUCUGCUCGUCCAUCUCAGACUCAUGGGACAGGGAGUGGAUCAGCCUAGGCUGGGUACAAACCCACAUUAUGGCUUUAUAGCUUAUCAAAGCGGGCCCCAUGUCAAAGCAAAGAGUGACAACUUUUAAAGCAUCAGAAAAAAUGAUCAUGGUCCUGUUCGUAAGGUUUGGCUCCAGAUUAAAGGAGUUAAACCGACCCGGUCAUGUCAUAACAAGGCUCAAAUUAAGCGUUCUCGCAUUGCAGUUUGCAAGUUGGAAAAAAAUAAUAAUAAUAAAUACAUGGACAAGCAAAAAAACACAUUGACAAACAAAACAGCAAAUCAACAGUUUUACCACGGACGCUGCAACGCGGGACCCGAGAGACUGAGAUGAAAUUAACAUAGCACAAAUCAGUCUACCUUACUAACAUAACGAUAGCCUUGCAAAGCGUCCGUGUUAAUUAUGAGUACCGUCGAAUGUGCUUUGUUUAUUACAGUGUGCAACCAUAACGUCACUUACAGGUGCCUUUGCUCGGUGUAGUCACUGUGUGACAUAUGGCCAGUAUACAACCAUCUGACGAUCUCUAAAUGGUAAAGCUUUUGAGUCAAAUAGGUGAAAAACGUGGCAAAUGUGGCCAGAGAGUUAUAUAAUAAAAUGAAUCAUAUCAUAAAAUGAAUCAUAUCAUAAAAUCAUUUCUUUUCAAUUAAUGCCUUAUCUUUUACGCACAAUGUGAAUUUAAGAAAUAAAAACUGUUGAUUAUAUAAAAAUGGAAAAUAAUUAGGCAUACAUUAAGUGAAAGCUGUUAUUUUCUCGUUUGUAUUCAUAAUUGCUCUUUCACCAAUAAAAAUAGUUUAUCCAAAUACUCGAUUGUUCAAGAUAAUUUUAAGUAAAAAUACUCGAGUACUAAGAUAUUCGUGAGCUGCAGGCCGAAAUUCAACUCCCGUUAUAUUGUCAUACUGUAUUUUUAUUGUUACUGUAUAAAACCCUUGCUUCGGGUCCCUGUGCGAUUAACCUGCAAAAAAUGGCUCCUCAAAAUUAGAAAGUUGCUCCUCAAAUGAAGAAAUGAUUUGCAAAACUGCUCCUCAAAGAAAAAAGAAAAUUUAUAUUUCGAACCUUGCAUAAUCUGCAGCACAGGAGUCAAACUUGUGGUCCGGGGGCUAGAUCCGGCCCAUCACAUCAUUCUAUGUGGACCACGAAAGCAAAUAUGUCCGUUGACUUCAUGUCUCUUACUAAAAUAUCAAAAUUACAGAUUGUCUUCACUUUUAAUAACAUUGAGAUAUUGCAAGCAUUUCUUUGUUACCAAUCCCCCUUUUUAUUUGAAAUAAAUUGAAUAAUACUCAAACAUCUUUUUUUUACUAGCUCCUGAUUUCAAAACUAGUUGUACAUCAAUGUAUUGUGUAUAUGUAAUAAAAAUAGGGAAUCAUAAAUUUAUAUAGGUUCACAGUAGGGAUGUUCAAUUCCACUUUUUCUCAGACUGAUACCAGUCCCAAGUAUGCAUUCUUGAGUACUCCCCGAUACCACUAGUACUUUGGACACACAAAAUUUCAAUUAAUGCAAUGAGAGAAUUGUAAACAAAAACCUUUCUUUCUUUGUGACCCGCAUGACUUCACCGAUGUGUCAAACUACCGCAGUGUUGCACUAACUACGAGCGAGGCGGAGUUACUGAAUGUCAGAUUUUUUUUGCCUUACAUUUCGGUGGCUGUUAUUCGGCAGCCUUCAUGAGAAUCUGACACCAUGAAAUAAGGCCAGUACUGGCUUGAUACCGAAACCUGGUAUACUUGCCCUAGUUCACUGACAUCAUGGUCGAGGAGGGAAACCAUAACUACGAUUUGGCCCACGACAAAAAUGUCAUGUCUUGGCUUUUUGUGUGCACACUAUAUUCUUUCCCUCUGACAGAUUUUGCAGUUUGCAUUUUUUUUUUCUUCUUCAGUUGUUAACGUUAUGUUUAUAAGAUAAUUUGAUGAGAGAGCCAGAAUAAGCUUUGCAAUGUUCAGUAUACACUGUAUGGAAAAAGAUAUUGGGGCUUUAAA